CGUGUCCCUGCCUGACCGCGCUGCGGCUCGGCCCUGAGAUUGAUCCAUAAAACAUGGCUGCUGCAAUUAGGGAGGUGGGAGUUUGGAGACAGACCAGAACACUGCUACUGAAGAAUUACCUAAUCAAAUGCAGGACUAAAAAAAGUAGUGUUCAGGAAAUUCUUUUUCCACUAUUUUUUUUAUUUUGGUUAAUAUUAAUUAGUAUGAUGCAUCCAAAUAAGAGAUACGAAGAAGUGCCUGAUAUAGAACUUAACCCUAUGGACAAAUCUAUGCUCUCUAACCUAAUUCUGGGAUAUACUCCAGUGACUAAUAUUACAAGAAACAUCAUGCAGAAAGUUUCUACUGACCACCUUCCUGAGGUCAUAAUUACUGAAGAAUAUGCAAAUGAAAAAGAAUUGUUAGUAUCCAGUCUUUCUAAGCCCAACAACUUUGUGGGUGUGGUUUUCAAAGACUUCAUGUCCUACGAACUCCGUUUUUUUCCUGAUAUGAUUCCAGUAUCUUCUAUUUAUAUGGAUUCAAGAGCUGGCUGUUCAACAUCAUGUGAGGCUGCUCAGUACUGGACCUCAGGGUUCACAGUUUUACAAGCAUCCAUAGAUGCUGCCAUUAUACAGCUAAAGACCAAUGUUUCCUUUUGGAAGGAACUGGAGUCAACUAAAGCUGUCAUUAUGGGAGAAACUGCUGUGGUUGAGAUAGAUACCUUUCCCCGAGGAGUAAUUUUAAUAUACCUAGUUAUAGCAUUUUCACCUUUUGGAUACUUUUUGGCAAUUCAUAUCGUAGCAGAGAAAGAGAAAAAGUUAAAGGAGUUUUUAAAGAUAAUGGGACUUCAUGAUACUGCCUUUUGGCUUUCCUGGGUUCUUCUGUAUACAAGCUUGAUUUUUCUUAUGUCCCUUCUUAUGGCAGUCAUUGCAACAGCUUCUUCAUUAUUCCCUCAAAGUAGCUGCGUUGUGAUAUUUCUACUUUUUUUGCUGUAUGGGUUAUCGUCUAUAUUUUUUGCUUUAAUGCUGACACCUCUUUUUAAAAAAUCAAAACAUGUGGGAAUAGUUGAAUUUUUAGUCACUGUGGCUUUUGGAUUUGUUGGCCUUUUGAUAGUCUUCAUGGAAAGUUUUCCCAAAUCAUUAGUGUGGCUUUUCAGUCCUUUCUGUCAGUGUACUUUUUUGAUUGGUAUUGCACAGGUCAUGCACUUAGAAGAUUUUAAUGAAGGUGCUUUAUUUUCUAAUUUGACUGAAGGCCCAUAUCCUCUAAUUAUUACUAUUGUCAUGCUAGCACUUAACAGUAUAUUCUAUGUCCUCUUGGCUGUCUAUCUUGAUCAAGUCAUUCCAGGGGAAUUUGGCUUACGGAGAUCAUCUUUAUAUUUUCUAAAGCCAUCAUAUUGGUCAAAGAGCAAAAGAAAUUAUAAGGAGUUAUCAGAGGGCAGUGUUAAUGGGAAUAUCAGUUUUAGUGAAAUUGUUGAGCCUGUUUCUUCAGAAUUUAUGGGAAAAGAAGCCAUAAGAAUCAGUGGUAUUCAGAAGACAUACAGAAAGAAAGGUGAAAAUGUGGAGGCUUUGAGAAAUUUGUCAUUUGACAUAUAUGAGGGUCAGAUUACUGCGUUACUUGGCCACAGUGGAACAGGAAAGAGUACAUUGAUGAAUAUUCUUUGUGGACUAUGCCCGCCUUCUGAUGGAUUUGCAUCUAUAUAUGGACACAGAGUCUCAGAAAUAGACGAAAUGUUUGAAGCAAGAAAAAUGAUUGGCAUUUGUCCACAGUUAGAUAUACACUUUGAUGUUUUGACAGUAGAAGAAAACUUAUCCAUUUUGGCUUCAAUCAAAGGAAUACCAGCCAAUAAUGUAAUACAAGAAGUGCAGAAGGUUUUACUGGAUUUAGACAUGCAGGCUAUCAAAGAUAAUCAAGCUAAAAAGUUAAGUGGUGGUCAAAAAAGAAAACUGUCUUUAGGAAUUGCUGUUCUUGGGAAUCCAAAGAUACUAUUGCUAGAUGAACCAACAGCUGGAAUGGACCCCUGUUCUCGUCAUAUUGUUUGGAAUCUUCUGAAAUAUGGAAAAUCUAAUCGAGUAACAGUGUUUAGUACUCAUUUCAUGGAUGAAGCUGACAUUCUUGCUGAUAGGAAAGCUGUCAUAUCACAAGGAAUGUUGAAAUGUGUUGGUUCCUCAAUUUUUCUCAAAAGUAAAUGGGGGAUUGGCUACCGCCUAAGCAUGUACAUAGACAGAUAUUGUGCCACUGAAUCUCUUUCUUCCCUGGUUAAACAACAUAUACCUGGAGCUACCUUAUUACAACAGAAUGACCAACAACUUGUGUAUAGCUUGCCUUUAAAGGACAUGGACAAAUUUGCAGGUUUAUUUUCUGCUCUAGACACGCAUUCAAAUUUGGGUGUAAUUUCUUACGGUGUUUCAAUGACGACUUUGGAAGAUGUGUUCUUAAAGCUAGAAGUUGAAGCAGAAAUUGACCAAGCAGAUUAUAGUGUAUUUACUCAGCAGCCACCAGAGGAAGAAAUGGAUUCAAAAUCUUUUGAUGAAAUGGAGCAGAGCUUACUUAUUCUUUCUGAAACCAAGGCUUCCCUUGUGAGCACCAUGAGCCUUUGGAAACAGCAGGUGUAUACAAUAGCAAAGUUUCAUUUGCUUACCUUGAAACGGGAAAGUAAAUCAGUAAGAUCAGUGUUGCUUCUGCUUUUAAUUUUUUUCGCAGUUCAGAUUUUUAUGUUUUUGGUGCAUCGCUCUUUUAAAAAUGCUGUGGUUCCCAUCAAACUUGUUCCAGACUUAUAUUUGCUAAAACCUGGAGAUAAACCUCAUAAAUACAAAACAAGUCUGCUUCUUCAAAAUUCUACUGACUCCGAUAUCAGCGAUCUUACUAGCUUUUUCACAAACCGGAGCAUAAUGGUGACCAUGUUUAAUGACAGUGACUAUGUGUCUGCUGCCCCCCACAGUGCGGCUUUAAAUGUGAUGUAUUCGGAAAAGGACUAUGUUUUUACAGCUGUUUUCAACAGUACUAUGGUUUAUUCUUUACCUGUAUUGAUGAAUAUUAUCAGUAAUUACUAUCUUUAUCAUUUAAAUGUGACCGAAAGCAUCCAGGUCUGGAAUACCCCAUUCUUUCAAGAAAUUACAGACAUCGUUUUCAAAAUUGAGCUGUAUUUUCAGGCAGCUUUACUGGGAAUCAUUGUUACUGCAAUGCCACCUUACUUUGCCAUGGAAAAUGCAGAGAAUCAUAAGAUCAAGGCUUAUACCCAACUUAAACUUUCAGGGCUUUUGCCAUCUGCAUAUUGGAUUGGACAAGCUAUUGUUGAUAUCCCCUUAUUUUUUCUUGUUCUUAUUUUGAUGCUAGGAAGUUUAUUUGCAUUUCAUUAUGGAUUAUAUUUUUAUGCUAUAAAGUUCCUUUCUGUGGUUUUUUGCCUUAUUGGUUAUGUUCCAUCAGUCAUUCUGUUUACCUAUGUUACCUCCUUCACUUUUAAAAAAAUUUUGAAUACCAAAGAGUUUUGGUCAUUUAUCUAUUCUGUGACAGCGUUGGCUUGCAUUGCAAUCACUGAAAUAACGUUCUUUAUGGGAUACACAGUUACGGCUGUUCUUCAUUAUACCUUUUCCAUAGUCAUUCCAAUUUAUCCACUUCUAGGUUGUCUGAUUUGUUUCAUAAAGAUUACUUGGAAGAAUAUUCGAAAAAAUGAGGACACCUAUAAUCCAUGGGAUAGGCUUUUGGUGGCUGUUAUAUCGCCUUACCUGCAGUGUGUCCUCUGGAUUUUCCUCUUACAGUACUAUGAGAAAAAAUAUGGAGGCAGGUCAAUAAGAAAGGAUCCUUUUUUCAGGACUCUUUCAACAAAGUCCAAAAAUAGGAAGUAUCCAGAACCACCAAACAAUGAGGAUGAAGAUGAAGAUGUCAAAGCUGAAAGGCUAAAGGUCAAAGAGCUAAUGAGUUGCCAGUGUUGUGAGGAGAAGCCAGCCAUUAUGGUCAGCAAUUUGCAUAAAGAAUAUGAUGACAAGAAAGAUUUUCUUCUUACAAGAAAAGUAAAGAAAGUGGCAACUAAAUAUGUCUCUUUCUGUGUGAAAAAAGGAGAGAUCUUGGGGCUACUGGGUCCAAAUGGUGCAGGCAAAAGCACAAUUAUCAAUAUUCUGGUUGGUGAUAUUGAACCAACUUCAGGCCAGGUAUUUCUUGGAGAUUAUUCUUCAGAACCAACUGAAGAUGAUGAUUCCAUUAAGUAUAUGGGGUACUGUCCUCAGAUAAACCCACUGUGGCCAGAUAUUACAUUGCGGGAACAUUUUGAAAUUUAUGGAGCUGUGAAAGGAAUGAGCUCAGGUGACAUGAAAGAAGUCAUAAAUCGGAUAACAAAUGCACUUGAUUUAAAAGAACAUCUGCAGAAAACUAUAAAGAAACUACCUGCAGGAAUCAAGCGAAAGUUGUGUUUUGCCCUGAGUAUGCUGGGGAAUCCUCACAUUACCCUGCUAGAUGAACCAUCUACAGGUAUGGAUCCUAAAGCCAAACAGCACAUGUGGCGAGCAAUUCGAACUGCAUUUAAAAACAAAAAGCGGGCUGCUAUUCUGACCACUCAUUAUAUGGAGGAAGCAGAAGCUGUCUGUGAUCGGGUAGCCGUCAUGGUAUCUGGGCAGUUAAGAUGUAUUGGGACUGUCCAGCACCUGAAGAGUAAAUUUGGAAAAGGCUACUUUUUGGAAAUAAAGUUAAAGGAGUGGAUAGAAAACCUAGAGGUAGACCGCCUUCAAAGAGAAAUUCAGUAUAUUUUCCCAAAUGCAAGCCGUCAGGAGAGUUUUUCUUCUAUUUUGGCUUAUAAGAUUCCUAAGGAAGAUGUCCCAUCCCUUUCACAAUCUUUUUCUAAGCUGGAAGAAGCUAAACAUACUUUUGCCAUUGAAGAAUAUAGCUUUUCUCAAGCAACAUUGGAACAGGUUUUUGUAGAGCUCACUAAAGAACAAGAGGAAGAAGAUAGCAGUUGUGGAACUUUAAACAGCACACUUUGGUGGGAAAGAACACAGGAAGACAGAGUAGUGUUUUGA